GCUAUAUAAGUCAGCUAUGACCGGCAGACAACAAUCAGUUUUCGCUGGGCCCUUGCUAGUUAAGCUUAGUCGGUUGAGAUGUUCAUCAAGCUGCUUCUAAUCAGCCAGCUUCUGGCGCUGAGCUACGCUCAAUUGUCGCUCGAUGAGGCUAAAAAACAAAUCGAUGCCUCGGUUUAUAGCGACGAGGAGACUACCGAUGCCACGCAUCUGCCGGAGCCCCACCUUCCCCCGCAAUAUCAGCCUCAUCAUCCCCACAAGAAAGUGACUACCAGCACUCCUGAGCCAGAAACCACAACUCCAAAGCCGGAACCCACUACAACGCCUGCGAUACAGCAGAAAGGUGAUGCCACCGUUGCUCCUGAUGACGGAUUGGGACAACUGGACGAUGGUUUGCUACAAAACAAUGAUGGAUCUGCUCUCCCGGAGUCCACCACUCCAGAACCGGAAACCACAAGCACGACGACGACCACCACUACAACUACCACAACGCCAAAGCCCCAUAAGCAUGAGCACCAUCCUCAUCCGCAUUCCCACCCUUAUCCAUACCCCAUUCAGUAUCCGUACUCCCACCCUGGAUUAAUAUUCUCCGCCGCGGGCCCAAAACUUCCCCCUCCAUCGGCGACACCGCCCACUCCCAAAGAUGCGGACAAGGAAUCGCCGGAGUCAUCUAGAUACCCCUCCUAUCCGAUCUUUAGAUCCCCUUACUCCCCCUAUCAACCACCGGUGUUCAACCAGCCUCGUAACUGGCCGAGCUUUCCAGGAUACGGACCUCCUAGUCCCGGUUACGGAUACCCUCACAAUCACGAUCACGAUCACGAAAAGGACUCCGGGGAAGAUAAGCACAAGGACAAGUCUGGAGAAGGGGAUACUGAUGAGGAUGUGGCCCUGAAACCACCUGGAUUUGGCUACCCGCAGGUCUAUUUGAUUCCCCGAAGGCCAGUGAUCUCUGUACCCAGCUUCCCGCGUCCAGGAGGCGGAUAUGGAUCGCCCUACGGCUAUGGACAAUACUAAUACUCUGCGCUGAAUACUAUGAAAAGAUCUUCAGACCCCAGAUAGUCAAUGUUAUAUUAAUUUUAUUUAAUUCCUAAAAUGUACUUCCUAACACAUUAAAUACCGUUAAUAUUA